AUGGAUACGGGCGACCUUGUGCCCGAGGUGACAUUUGUGAAAGGCUGUUAUGAUUUAUGCGAUGCCGGGCCCGGCAUCACCAUGAGACAAGAAGCAAUGGCGUACAAAAAGAAGUCCUACGCUGAGGCUGUCGCCACUCCCACAGAACACCGAGAACGCCCCGCCAUUGUGACUCCCAAAACAAAGUAUACUAUACUACUGGAAUCUACUGAUCCUACAAGCACUGGAGAAGACAUAAUAAAAGAAAUGAAAACUUCAAUUGACGUAGUAGAAAUGGGAAUCGGUAUCGCUAGCAUGCGUGCGACAAAAUAUAACAAAAUUGUAAUAGCCUGUGACACAAAUCAGGAGCGCGAGAAACUAAGCGAAGCCCUCAAACAAAACUGCAGCAAAUUAACAGCGUCACUCCCAACAAUGAGAAACCCUAUGGUUCGCUUCAUAGGUAUCACCCCUGACAUGACAAAUGAGAAAGUAGUAGAAGCUGUUUCAAAGCAGAACAAUAAUCUAACAGAAGCGAUACCGAAGCAGGACUUCACUCUGAAACCGAUACGCUGCACAAAAGGGCGAACUAGCGCUACCAGAAACAUCAUCAUGGAAACUAGCCCUCUUGUAUGGAGUGCAUUAAUUAACAAAAAAGUAAAAAUCGGAUACCUACAAAUUUUAGUCGUGGAUCAAUCUCCGGUAUACCAAUGUUUCAAGUGCUCAGGAUACGGCCACAAGGCAAACAACUGCCCCAACACGAUUAACUGUGGAUUCUGCUCAGAGAAACAUGAUACCAGAAACUGUCCUAACAGAAAAAAUACUCCCCGAUGUGUCAACUGCUGUCAGAAGGAAGAAACGGAAAUUUUCCAUACAGCGUACAGCAAAGACUGCCCGGAAUGGAGGAAGGCAGAUAGAUUUGCAAGAAUGUCAGUACGUUACUGCUAA